GUGUAAGAUUAGGAGAGGUGGGUGGCUCUGAGCUAGGGAGGCGGGAAGGAGGAAAGGGUCUAGUUUCCGCCCUAACUGCUCCAAAUCAGUACUACGGGGCAUAAGACAGGCAGCCACUACAAUUACCAUUACUCAUUGAUCUAAGCUGAUACGAAAAAACUGAACCCAAAGGUCAAGCUAACAUUCACAGUUCCAUACCUGAGCGCAGGUUGUAGCUGCAACUUGAAGAGAGGAUGCGGCAGUUACGUGGUACUGAUCAGUGUGCAGCCAUGGAAUCUGGGCCAUUGACAGAAGGAAGCUACAUGGGGCUACUACAAAGCGAUGUUGACCCCCUACAUCUUUUCCAUUUUUAUGACCAACCCCUGGCAACAGAAGAAGAAAUUGAGUUCUCUUUAGAUCCUGAAACUGAUACAAUCAACUGUGAUCAGGUCAACAGGCUGUGGAAUGCCAUAGAUGAUGAGGGGACAGGAGAGGCCUAUGACAGGAUAGCGGCACUGGCAGAAUAUAUGUUCUCAGAGACAGAAGGCAUUUUUGGAAACAUUGGCCCAGAUGAAGUGAUCAACGAGAACUUAGAUUCAUUGACUGAGAUACCACAGAAAUCACAGAAAUGUCAGAAAAGAUUGUUUCUGGAUAAUCCUGAGCCUCAGGCAGACAAUUGGGAGACCAAACGCAGAAAGCCAGAGACAUCCUCAGCUACUCCAUUGGUGACCAACAAUUUAGUGACAGUGUCUUCUAGCAACAACUUGGUCCCAAAGAGUUCUUUGUCUCCUAUUGCAGACCAGGUUGCCAAGCCCAGCCUGCUCUCUUUAGAAGAAACCUUUCUGGUGCCCAUGUCCUCAGCUAGUCCUGUUCUCACUUGCCUGAAUUUCAACGGGGGACCCAUCCAACUCAUCCCCACCUUCUCUACUUUUCCUCAAGGUGUCUUACACUUCACAGUGGAAAACAAGGUCUCCAACAUUAUCUUAUAUCCAACUGCAUCAGGAAGUGAUAGCACCAUUCAGAGCCUUCCAGUAUCACCUGACAGGUAUGGCUCUACCAGUCCUUUUGCUCCAUCAGCAGCAGAUAUGCCCAAUAUGCCUGAAGCCUCAGCGCUAACUUCACAAGACAGAAAAACAGAGUCUGUGGAACGGUUCUCUCACGCUCUGUACAAGGCUUAUGAGGAUGUUCCAGAAGGUCUCAACAGACAUUACAUUGAUGUAGACCUCAUAAGAACUCAGGUGGAGAAAAAUGGUAAGUUCCAGGAGAAGGAACUGGCAAUCCAGGACUGGACAGAGAGGCAGAAGGCCCGUGUGGGAUGGAGAGAGGUGUUUGCCAGCCCCAGAGGACAGAAGAGGGAAACGCAGGUGAUCGCAGUACUGGGCAAGGCUGGUCUGGGCAAAAGUGCCUGGACUCGGGAAGUCUGUAGGAACUGGGCCCAGGGCCAGCUACCCCAGUAUGAAUUUGUCUUUCACUACAAAUGCUGCAGCCUGAACUUGCCAGGCAAUGACUACUGCUUGAAGGAUCUGUUUUUCAGACUCUGUAAUCACUCACUGGAAGAGAGUGAGGAAAUCUUCAAAUACAUUUUGAAGCACCCAAAUCGCACUUUGAUCAUUCUGGAUUCCUUUGAGGAGCUGGAAGGGCAAGAUGGCUUUCUGAAUUAUCCAGCCAGUCCCUGUCCUGGGGAGUCCCGGCCCAUCAAGGGGCUGCUGGCUGGUCUCUUUCAAAGAAAGCUCCUGAGGGGUUGCACCCUGCUGAUUACAGCCAGGCCGAAGGGAAAAUUUAUUCAGUACCUGGCCAAGGUAGACAGGCUCCUGGAGGUGCAGGGCUUCUCCAAUGAGCAGGUGGAGUCUUACUUUGAAAAAUACUUCCAGGAUUCACCAUCAGACAAAGAUGAGGCCUUGAGGCUUGUCCGGGCCCAGCCGUACCUGCUCAGUCACUGCUACAGCCCUGCUGUCUGCCAUUCCCUCUGCCAGCUUUGUGAGAAGAUCAUGGCCCAGGAGGGUCCAGCCCAACUUCCCUCCACACUCACUGGUCUCUUUGUUAGCCUCCUUUGCUCAGUCCUGAGAGCCAGGGAAAAGGGGCCAUCUGAAACUUGGUCCAGAGACUGCCUGGCAGGCUUGGCAGAGCUGGCCUGGGAACUAGGCCAGAAACAUUGCAACGUCCUGAGAGAAGACCAGUUCCCCUCCACAGAAGUGAAGGAAUUUGCCAUUAGGGGGGACUUUGUGUGGCCACUCCCAACAGCCAGAGAACCGGAGAUGGCCUUCUCCACCUUUGUCCUGCAGAACUUCCUGGGAGCUCUGAGGCUGGCUCUCAGUGAGGAAGUAAGGGCCAAGGAGCUCCCCAGGUAUCUAGCUCUGACUCCUAGGAAGAAAAAGCCCUAUGACAAUUGGCUGGAGCGGGUACCUCACUUCUUGGCCGGGCUCCUCUUCCAACCCCUAUCCUCCUGCCUUGGACCUCUUGGUGGAAAUGAGCAGGUUGGGCUUGUGUGCAAGAGGCAGAAGGUACUUUUGAGCUACCUGACCCAGCUACAGCCGGGGACACUGGGGCCCGGGAGACUCCUCGAACUGCUGCAUUGUGCCCAUGAGGCAACCGACAGCCACCUGUGGCAGCACGUAACAGCUGGGCUGCCCUCCUGCCUCUCUUUCUGCAGAGUCCGCCUGGCCCCCCCAGAUGUGCAUGUUUUGGGUGAGGCCCUGAAAGCAGCUGGCAAAGACUUCUCUCUGGAUCUCAGGAGCACCUCCAUUGACCUGCAAGGGUUAAGGAUCCUGGUCCAACUUGGUUGUGUUACUUGCUUCAGGGCAUCUCUGAGUGACACAGUGUGGCUGUGGGAAUCCCUUCGGCAAAGUGGAGAAUAUGAACUACUCCGAAGUUCCACUGAGAAGUUCACCAUUGAUCCUUUCAAAGUCAAAUCCAUGAAGGAUGUAGAGGACCUUUGUAGCCUGGUGCAUAUCCAAAAUUCAGGAAAUGCUGCUAUAGAGGCCGGUAACCCCCUUCCUGUCAUCAGAGACCUAAAGAAGCUUGAGUUUGCACUUGGCCCAGUGUUGGGUCCCCAGGGUUUUCCAAAAUUGGUUAAGAUACUUGCAGCUUUUUCAUCUCUUCAGCAUUUGGACCUGGACACCCUGAGUGAAAACAAGAUUGGGGAUGAAGGUGUGGCUCAGCUCUCUGCCAUCUUUCCAGAGCUAAAAUCUUUGGAAACCCUGAACUUAUCUCAGAAUAACAUCACUGAUAUGGGAGCCACAGAGCUGGCCAAGGCUCUGCCAUCACUGGCAAGAUCUCUUGUUACAUUGAGCUUGUAUAACAACUGCAUCUGUGAUACUGGAGCCGAGAAUCUUGCUAGCGUGCUUCCCGACAUGGUAUCCCUGAGAAUGCUGGAUGUCCAGUACAACAAGUUCACAGGGGCAGGAGCACAACAGCUCACAGCCAGUUUGAAGAAAUGUCCACAUAUUGAGACAUUGGCGAUGUGGAAUCCCACCAUUCCUUAUGGAGUUCAGGAACAUCUACAACAACUGGACUCCCGAAUAAGCUUGAGAUAACAUCAUAUUGACUGUUCAGAGAGGUCCUAGGUCCAGAAGCUUUUCUGGGAUUCUCAGGCUUCAUCCAUCUAUCAGGCCUUCAGCUCAAAAAAGGCGAAUCUUUGUUAGAAGAGUCUAACUUGGCUGUCAUGUUGGUUUGUAUCCAGUCAUCUCAGUCUGGUCGGUGUUCCUCCUGAUCUUCUGCCGGCAUAAAGUCUCGCCCUUGCAAAAGGCCAUCAGAUCAGCACCAGGGUGAUAAUGAAAUACAGCUCCUGAAGCACUCUGAUGUAUUUAUUUGGCAGCUGUGGUCUGGAAGAUGAACUAAAGGUGGCAGUAUUUCCUUUUUCCUGUGGCUGUUCCAAGAGCUGGAGGAAAGGAAUGAAAGAACUUCCUGUCUGCUUCCAACCCCAAAUCCUAGAAGCCUAAGGGGAAACUGUGGCUUUCUAACACCUAAUUUUCAAAGAUGCAGAAAACCUGGUUGCACUUGCAGUAACUGCACUUUGGCUGUUGGACACAUGAUUUUUGCACUGACUUUCCUAACUAUAGAGUCUCAAGGCAAAAAAUUGGCAGCUAAUGCUGGGAUAAUCAAGAAACACAAAUAAAACAUUAUAGAUAACAUUAAUGGUAGUUCCCCUGGGUAAAUGUUACACUAAUUGGGGAAUGGGUUAAAGAUAGUGUUGGAUGACAGUAUUUCAUUUGUCACCAAAAAGAGUUGGAUGGUGGUAUUUCAUUUGUAAGCAAAUCUACUAUUUUUCAAUCUGGAAGAAAAGCACAGGAAUGGAAGGAUGAAAGUGGGAAAUGAGGAUCUCAUCUCAGAAUAACCAGAACAAGUAGGGAUAAAAGGAUUCUUAGGAAUGAGAUUAUAGAGUCAACGAAAGAAAGGGCAUUUUUCAUUGUAAAUCAUAGGAUUAGCAGCUGAGAGUCAUCUGACACACCUGAAUAGAGAAGUGAAAAUCUUUUUUUUUUUUUUGACCUGAAAGAGGGGAAAUUCCUAAUUCUUUUACCAGCUCUUUGACAGAAUGCUUGCCAAGCAUCCCCCUCACAUAUCUCUAUUGUCCAAAGUGAGGGAAGUGAGUCUCUUCAGGGAAAAGAGAGUGUAGCAACUGUUUCCAAUUUGCUCUUUCACAUUUUGGACUGGAUGCUCAUCUGUGGCUGAUUUUUCCUGUGCAAGUUGAAAAAGAGAGAUUGACAUUCUUUUUGUCUGAGAUUGCUCUGAGAGUAGACUACGUCUGCAUUGGAACUAGAGUGUCUUCCUGAUAGAUGUUAGGUCCGUGAGCCUUUCUGGAAUUCUCAGGCCCCAUCCAUUCAUUCAUCAGGCUUUUAGUUCAGAGACCCAAAUCCAUAUUGGUAGAGUCUAACUUAGCUGCCAUUUUGCUUUGUGUCCAGGCAUCUUAGUCUCAUAAACUGGGGAACGGCAGAACAAAUUUUGAUGUGUGAAUAUAAUGGAAUAUUGUGACAAAAAAAUGAGUAUAAGAAAUAUGGGAAAGAAUAAGAACUGAAGCAGAAUGAAAUAAACAUAAGCAGGAAAACAAUGUAUAGUACUACAAUAAACGAAAAGGAUAAUAAAAUAAAACUGAAUACUGUGUAAUAAUGAGAAAUCUUGGCUCCAGAAAA